AUGUCCUGCUGCGGCUUGGGAGGCCGCCAAGCGGCGCUCCUCUCGCAUUUCUCGGCAGCUCUGGAAAAAGCGGACGGCGAGCAGCAGAUCCGGAUGUUGUUCCCCAUGUACACCGUGAGCCUCGAAGUCUUCUUCGGGAUGAGAGAGCUGCAACCGCACGAAGCGCUCAAAGCCCAGGGUUUGCUUUCCCGCUUUGACGCGCGCAUGGGCAAUGCUGCCUUUGUCUCUCACCAGUGGCUGGGGGUAGAUCAUCCAGACCCCGAGGGAAAGCAGAUGCGGAUCUUACAGGCCGCUCUCCAGCAUGCGAUGUCUGACAUGGAGCACAUUCCUUUGGACAUCAUGACUCAGGUGGUCAUUCCCACUUUAAAGCCCAUGCCCACCUCGGAACUUCGAACAGCUCCUCUAUUCCUUUGGUACGACUACUUCUCAUGCCCACAGUGUCGCGCUGGUGAGCAAACGGAUCUGUCUAAAGCAAUCAGCAGCAUCCCGGUCUACGUGGCGCAGUGCACCUUCUUCUUCGUGGUGUGUCCAGUCCUCGAGGGCGAAGCUUCGGUCUUGUCUCCAAUCACUUGGUCUCGCCGCGGUUGGUGCCGCUUGGAAAGGGCUUGCUGCGAGCUGGGCCAAAAGCAGCCUUGGAUUGUGGUGAAGGGCCCUAAGAGCUUAGAACAAGUUCGCUGUCCUGCAGCAUCUAUGGGCAGUGGACCAGUUGGUGAAGGGGAGUUUUCACUCGCAGAGGACAAGACGAAGCUGGCACCUUUGCUUCUCCCCAUGCUCAGGCGUGCGCUCCGGCGCUACUUGCAGGACCAGGAUUUCGUAGGCUUCCGUUUGCUUCUGAACGAGCAGAGUGUGUACCUGCGCGAGUUGGGUGUCGAAGAGUUCUGUAAGCCCGUUCCGAGCUCCGCAAGCUCCGGGAGCCGUGUCCAGUCCUUCGUGGUGGAAGAGUUCUUGCACCAGAAUGGGUUCUCGAGUGUUUGCGAGCGGGAUAGCGGCGGGUGGCUGCCGCUGCACUAUGCUGCCUUAAGUGGAGAUGAGCAGGUGGUCCAAGGACUUCUGGCGAGGCGAGCGAACCCCAACCAGAAGACUACCAAAGACCAGCAGCAUUUGGGACUACCCCGAUUGGUCUCAGCACUGGCGAUCAGUUCUUUCUUCAGACAUCACGAUGCUAUGCAGGUGCUCAUCUCUGCCAGGGCCAAGCUCACCAGUAGCAAGGCAACUCUAACACCCCUGAUCGCGGCAGCUGUCGCCAACAGCCCGGAGGCUGUCCGAAGGCUUUGCGAUGCCCGUUGCAGCCCCCAUCACCGGAACCUUCUCGGCAGCACCGCUUUUGAAGUGGCGUGCGCCCACAACAGCACGGAAGCCAUGGAGGAGCUCUAUCUGCAAACCGGCGGACGCGGCAUUGACAUGAGCCUCACUUUGCAUUGCGCCAUCAUGCACCAUGGAGGCACCGCCCCAGUAGUGCAACGCUUGGUGGAGUGGAAGGCAGAUGUGAACGACCAGAGCUUCACUUGGUGGAAGCUGGGCGUACGUCUGGUGCUGGUUGCCAAGCAUCAGGCGCUUCAAUACAGACUCGGGAGCACAUCGCCAAUGCUCCCAAAGAUGAUGUAUCACAGCAGCCGUGGCGCCACACCUUUGAUGAUGACGAUCUUGACAUCUCAGCACGAAGGCGCCGCGGCUCUCGUAGCGGCCGGGGCGCGGCUUGAUUUGCGCCACUCGGGCGGCUGGAACGCAGAAGACUUCGCGAAAGAUCAGCCGGUGCCGGACUUCCUGCAGAAAGCGUUCAAGGGAAGUGUCGAAGAGUGCCGCCGCGUAGCGGCUGCGGCUCUCCGGCAGGCUUUAGUUGAGCUGUAA